AUGCCCCCGGUCGCUAACGCUCGACCCGGCGGAUUGGCGCUGAUGCCGCAGCCCAACCACGAGGAUAUUAACGCCACCUGGGAGUAUCUAAAGAAUGGAGUGAACAGCAUCAUGGUCAACCUUGAUGGAGCGCAUCUGCUUGGAGAAGACUUGUACGAAAAGCUGACAGAGUACCUCGCCGACCAUUUGACAGGUCUUCGCUUAGAGGCCGAGCACCACAGCGGCGAAGCCCUCCUGGCGUUCUAUAUUAGAGAAUGGGAUCGGUACACUGUCGCCGCCAAAUACAUCCACCACCUUUUCCGCUAUCUGAACCGUCACUGGGUUAAGCGCGAAAUUGAUGAAGGAAAACGGAACGUGUACGACGUGUACAUUCUACACUUGGUGCAAUGGCGCAGCAUCCUCUUCGACAAGAUUUCUUCUAGUGUCAUGGAUGCAGUCCUAAGUCUGGUGGAGCGUCAGAGAAACGGAGAAACUAUCGAGUAUCUCCAGAUCAAGCAGGUUCUUGAGUCCAUGGUAUCACUUGGCCUUGACGAAAAUGAUGCGAGCAAAACGACACUGGACACGUACCGGUAUCAUUUCGAGCGGCCCUUUAUCGCGGCGACGAAGAAGUACUACCAGGAAGAGAGCAGCCAGUUCGUUGGCAAGAACUCGGUUGUCGAGUUCAUGAAGAAGGCCGAGAGCCGGUUGGCCGAAGAGGAAAAGCGUGUCGAGCUCUUUUUGCACCCUGAUAUUGCCGGGCCUCUCAAGCGGUGCUGCAACCAGGCGCUUAUAGCAGAUCACGCCAAUCUGCUGCGCGAGGAAUUCCAGGCACUGCUCGAUAACAACCGCGAGGAGGACAUGGCGCGCAUGUACAACCUUUUGUCUAGAAUACCGGACGGCCUGGACCCUCUGCGGAAGAAGUUUGAGACGCACGUUCGCAAUGCUGGAUUGUCGGCUGUCAGCAAAGUUGCUGCGGACGCCGAGAAGCUCGACCCCAAGGUGUACGUGGACGCGCUGCUCGAGACGCACACGCAGUACCAGGCCCUGGUCAAGAGGGCCUUUACGGAUGAGCCGGAGUUUACCAGGUCCUUGGACAAUGCGUGCCGCGAGUUCGUCAACCGCAACGAAGUGUGCAAAGCCGGCUCUAACAAGAGCCCUGAGCUGCUAGCCAAGUACGCCGACUUCAUGCUGAAGAAGAGCGGCGCCGGCGUCGAAGAGGCUGACCUGGAACUCAGCCUGGUACAGAUCAUGACGGUGUUCAAAUACAUUGAGGACAAGGAUGUUUUCCAGAAAUUCUACUCGCGGAUGCUGGCUCGCCGCCUGGUCCAUACGAGCACCUCGUCGGACGACGCCGAGGCAAGCAUGAUUUCCAAGCUCAAGGAAGCGUGCGGCUUCGAGUAUACCAAUCGGCUACAACGGAUGUUCCAAGACAUGCAUGUUUCCAAGGAUCUCAACGCUGGCUUCAAGGAGCACGUCCAGGCCCUGGAGGGUAAUUCGCUCGACGGCCAAUACGCUGUUUUGGGUACAGGUUUCUGGCCGUUGUCGGCGCCGACUACGACGUUUGUGCCACCACCCGACAUUCAAGCCGAUUGCGAUAAGUUCAAUCGCUUCUACAAGAACAAGCACGAGGGCCGGAAGUUGACAUGGCUCUGGCAGCUGUGCAAGGGCGAGCUUAAGACGAGCUACUGCAAGAGCUCCAAAACGCCGUACACUUUCCAGGUCUCAGCGUACCAAAUGGCCAUCCUGCUGCUUUUCAACGACAAGGACACACACACGUACGAGGAGAUCGCAUCGGCUACGCAGCUCAGCAACGAGUUCCUCGAUCCAAGCCUGGCCAUCAUCGUGAAGGCCAAGGUUCUGCUCGUCACCAACGAGAAUGGCGAGAAGGCUGGCGACAAGGUCGGCCCCGGCAAGACGUUCAGUCUCAACUACGACUUCCGGAACAAGAAGAUUCGCAUCAACCUCAAUGUCGGCAUGAAGGCCGAGCAGCGGCAAGAGGAGGCCGAGACGAAUAAGACGAUUGAAGAGGACCGCAAGCUUCUCCUUCAGUCGGCUAUUGUUCGUAUUAUGAAGGCACGGAAACGCAUGAAGCACGCCCAGCUUGUCAGCGAGACUAUAGCGCAGAUCAAGGGCCGUUUCCACCCGAAGGUUGGUGACAUCAAGAAAUGCAUCGAGAUCCUUCUCGACAAGGAAUACCUUGAGCGUCUCGACGACGACGAACUCGGCUACCUUGCUUAA